AUGGCAGGGAAAGGUCCUAACACCCGUUUCUAUAGGGAAAACGCAAGAAGUCCAGUCGCAAGCCAGUCGGACCCAAAAAGGUUUGUCCCUCUUAACGAGUUGAGCUACAGCAGCACUCCGUCGUCGAUACUAAUCCUCCUGCACCAGAGAGAGCCGCUCCCCACAACGUUUUCCUGCCUCUUCUGCAACCACGAGAACUGCAUCCUCAUCAAACUCAACAAGAAACUGGGCCUGGGGAACUUGACGUGCAAGAUAUGCGGCCAGCGGUUCCAGACGGGGAUCAAUUAUCUCUCCGCGGCUGUGGACGUAUACUCGGAUUGGGUCGAUGCUUGUGAUGCCGUUGCCAAAGAGGGUGGCAAGGACGCAGAGCGAGGAGCACCAGCGGCUGAGUCAAGCAACGCGGCUGAGCGAGACGAAGUACCAUUCGUGGAUGACGACGAGGACGCAUAUUAG